UCACUUCCGGUCGGCAUUUUGUCUGCGAGAGGGGAGCCGCGACUGGAGCCGCGAUCGCCGCCGCUCGGGAGGCCGCACCGCCGCCGCACAGCGUGAGGAGGAGCCGCGAGGGGGGCGCAGGCCGCGGGGCAACACCGGGGGCAACACCGGGGGCGGGGAGCGCGCCGCGGGUUCAGGCCUUCAUGUCCGCCGAGUGUUGUUGUUCUGCCCGCCGCCCUGUUGAUCGCCGCGGAGAGCGGAGGAGACGGCUCGCCCCGGCCGCCGGGCCACAGCGGCUUCUUACUGAGUGUCUGGGAGAUGUGAAGUAAGGUUGGCUGGGACUUAAACUGAACUGUCUGUGCAUAAACAAUCUACAACUUCAGGAUGAAUGGGGAUAUGCCUCAUGUUCCCAUUACCACACUUGCUGGGAUUGCUAGCCUCACGGAUUUACUGAAUCAGCUUCCACUUCCCUCUCCACUACCAGCUACCACUACCAAAAGCUUGUUGUUUGGAGGGAGAAUUGCCGAAGAUGUAAAUUGCCUCAUGGGCUGUCGAGAUGAGAGCCUUGUCACGCAGUUAGUACAUAGCCUCAGUCAAGUCUCCACAGAUCACAUAGAGCUGAAAGAUAACCUUGGCAGUGAUGAUCCAGAGGGCGAUAUUCCUGUUCUUCUGCAAGCUGUUCUGGCCAGAAAUCCCAAUGUCUUCAGGGAGAAAAGUAUGCAGAACCGAUAUGGAGUGCAGAGUGGUAUCAUGCAGCAACAGAUCAUCCAACAGUACAAAUUACCCCAGAAUUCCAUUCACGGAAGCCCUGCAUCCUCCACAUUUCAGCAGUCCACAAUCUCACACAGUCCUUCCAGUCGGUUUGCGCCACCUCAGUCAAGUUCUACCAACAGAUACAUAACUCAACAGAACAGCCCUGUACCCAGUCCAUAUGCUCCCCAGAGCCCUCCAGGUUACAUCCAAUAUCCACAGCAUCCUCCAAGUUACCCACAGCAUCAGCAAAUACAGCAAGAGUUGCAUGGUUCCCCUCUGGUAUCAGGGCCUACAUAUUCUGGGAGUCCUCAGAGACCUGUGCAACCCUGUCUGAUAGUCCAGACUCAGCCUUCUCCUCAGCAGCAGCAGUCAACCUCCACACUAGCUUCUGUUUCAAGCCCCAUGAUCCCCGGCAGUAUGCGGAAUAUUCACGAUAGUAAAGUGGCAAGUCAGUUGUCGGGCUCUUCAUCCAACCACCAUUCAGAUAAUUCCAGACAUGGAUCAAAUGAGGACUACAUUCAUAUGGUUCAUCGGCUUGGAUCAGAGGAUGGCGAUUCUUCAUUGAGAAAUGCGUCCUUCCCUUUAAGAUCCCCACAAGCGGUGUGUUCUCCUGCAAGCAGUGAUGGGACUCCAAAAGCAUCCAGGCCACCUCUGAUCUUGCAGUCGCCGCCUCCUUACACCUCACCCAGAGAUGCCCCACCUGAUAUUCUGCUGGACUCCCCAGACAGGAUGGGAAACAAGAAGAAAAAUAAAAAGGCUAAGCUCACCAAGGAGGAUAAAGAACAGGCAGAUAAGACUGCUAUGUAUGACAUUGUCAGCUCUCCAUCUAAAGACUGUACAAAGCUCACUCUGAGGCUGACUCGUGUUCGAGAUCAGCAGGAUGAUAUGCUUCUAAACAUGGACAGCAGUACAGAGAAUGAGGCAGAAAUGAACAGUAUGCAUCUCCCACAACAGACUGCAAAGCAGCCAGGGACUCCUAAUGAUAUCCUUGGCUCAGUGAACGUUUCUGGGCAGUGUGUACCUCAACAGGAACAGGCCUUUCUUCAAGCACAGCAGGUUCCUGUCUUACAACAGAACAUUGCAGUUGGAACAGUGAAAACUACACAGUCACAGAUACAGCCAUUGCAACAACCAUCACAACAACAGACUAUGACACCAUACGAUGAGGUAGAAUUGGAUGCUUUAGCAGAGAUUGAACGGAUAGAGCGAGAGUCUGCAAUGGAGAGAGAGAGAUUUUCCAAGGAGGUACAGGAUAAAGAUAAACCCUUAAAGAAACGUAAGCAAGACUCGUUCCCACAAGAGACUGCUGGAGGAGGUGGGAGUGCUGCAAGCAGACCUGCACUCUUGGUUAGUAUAGAUCUGCAACACGCAGGAAGAACUGAUGGGCAAGCGGUGCCCCCUCUAGAUUCAGAUGGAGUGAAGAAAUCUUUGGAGAUUGUACGACAGGCCACUGAGGGAACUUUAAUUUCACGGCAGGAAGAUGCAAUGGUGGGUUUAAAACCGAAGUUGGAAAGUCAUCCGGUGGUUCCCAGGAGGAAAUCUGAAAACGAGGGGCAAAAAGAAGACGGCCAAAAAAAUGACGGCCGACCUGACGUGAUAAAGUCUAGGUCAGAAACACCGAAACAGAAGAAUGAGAACCGGCCAGAGACACCAAAAGUAAGGCACGAAAGUAAAAGAGAGGCGUCUAAACCAACUCCUGAAAAACGACCGGAAAUAUCCAAACACAGACACGAGGGAAAACCUGAUCAUACCAAAACAAAAACCGAGGGUCGAUCUGAAACACAUAAACCACGGCAUGAAGGGCGGCAGAGUUCAGACCCUCUGAAGGAGAAACGAGAGCCACACCAUGAAGCUCAGAAACAGAAACUAGACGAGAAAAAUGAUCCUGAAAGAGGAAAAGUGGAACCAUCAAAGGUCAGGAGAUCAGAGACCCCAAAACUAAGUAAGAGUGAAUCAGAUACUAAACCAUCGCGAAAUGAGCCUGCUAAACAUAAUCGGACAGAGUCAUCUAAAUCAGUGAGAAUGGAAAGGAAAGGGUGUUCUGAUUCUAGUGAUCGAGGUGACAGGAGUGAACGUCGUUCACCAGAAGAGCAGCGGUUGCGAUCUGAAAGUCCUAGAGUUAAACACGAUAGAGGAGAUCCUGGAAAGAUAAAAUCUGAAGCGAAAGAUCGAAUUGCUUUAAAGCAGAGUAGGAGAUCGGACAUUCCAUCAGGAUCUUUGACCAAUAAAGAGAGAGAUGAUCGAAGAUCGGAGGGGAGCAAAGUGAAAUCAGAGACCCCCAAACCUCGGGCUGAUGAUAAAGAAAAGUUUCCGAGUUAUCUGCUGGGGGGAGGAAGGUCUGACGCACUUAAGAACUUUGUAAUCCCAAAAAUUAAGCGGGAUAAGGAUGGCAAUAUUUGCAAUGAACAGAAGGAAUUUAGGAAACCUGUGGAUAAGAAUGAAAUAAAAUUAAAGAUAGACAAAAUGGAUUUAGUGGAGGACUUGAAGAAAGUGAUCAAGCCUGUUGUGGUUCUCCAUAAAUUACCUUUUGAUGAAGUGCAGAAAUUUAUCAAGGACAAUGAAGAAAAAAAUGCAUCAAGAAGCUCCAGCAAAUCGAAGAGCAGACUGCCCUCCAGGCCAAGUAAAGGUGGUAUUGACCAGUCAGUGUUGAAGGAGCUUCCACCUGAUCUCCUUGCAGAGAUUGAAUCCACAAUGCCACUCUGUGAACGAGUGAAGAUGAACAAACGCAAGCGCAGUACGGUAAAGGAAAAGCCAAAUUAUGCAGAAAUCAGCUCAGAUGAUGGUGAUAAUGACAGUGACUUUGAAUCAUCUAGGAAAAGGCACAAGAAGGACCGAGUUGCCGACAAAGCGUGGGAGUGUGAGGAGCGUGACCGGCGGGUUCUGAACGAAAUGCGGAAGGGCAAUUCUGUUGAAGGUCAAGGUCGAAGGAGUUCUGGAAGCAGGCAUCGGGAGCGUAGUCCUGGUUCUGAGGAAGAUUCACCCCCUCCUAGUCUUAGUGACAUUGCCAGAAAGAUGAGAAAAAGAGAAAAAUUAAGGAAAAGGAAAGCAUAUGAACCCAAACUGACUCCUGAAGAAAUGUUGGAUUCGUCAACAUUCAAGCGAUUCAUGGCCACAGUGGAGAAUAUCUUGGAGAACCUGGAGGACAUGGAUUUCACCACUUUGGGUGAAGAUGAUGAGCUACCUCAGGAGUUGCUGCUGGGAAAACAACAGCUUAAUGAACUGAGCAGUGAAUCUGCCAAAAUCAAAGCCAUGGGCAUCAUGGAUCGGCUUCCAACAGAUAAGAUGGUAAAGGUGCUAAGUAUCUUGGAGAAGAACAUACAGGAUGGGUCCAAGCUUUCGACUUUGAUCAACCAUGACAAUGAAACGGAAGAUGAAGAGAAGCUGUGGAGAGAACUCAUCAUGGAGCGAGUAACCAAGUCUGCCGAUGCGUGUCUGACUGCGCUGAACAUCAUGACUUCACCCAACAUGUCAAAAGCUGUAUAUAUUGAUGAUGUGAUUGAGAGGGUGAUCCUAUUCACCAAGUUCCACCUGCAGAACACGUUGUACCCACAGUAUGAUCCCGUUUACAGAAUCGACACCCAUGGAUCAGCAACGUCCAAACAUCAUAAGGUGAAUCGUUUUCAUUCAAAAGGUGGCAGUUCGAGAGCCAAACGAGCAAAGUACUCAAGCCAUAAGCAGAGGGUGAUAGUAAUGCUGUACAACAGAGUGUGUGACAUUGUCGCCAACAUGGCCGAACUGCUGGAGAUACAGCUCCUCACUGACACUACAAUCCUUCAGGUUUCCUCUAUGGGGAUUACACCGUUUUUUGUGGAAAACGUCAGUGAGUUGCAGUUAUGCGGUAUCAAGCUAGUGACGGCUGUGUUUUCUAGGUAUGAGAAGCACCGACAGUUGAUACUGGAAGAGAUGUUUGCCUCACUUGCAAAACUCCCAACAAGUAAGAGGAGUUUACGAAAUUUCAGGUUAAACAGCAGUGAUAUGGAUGGCGAACCACUAUUUAUUCAGAUGGUGACGGCCUUGGUCUUGCAGCUGAUCCAAUGCGUUGUACACCUCCCAGCUAAUGAGAAGGACAGUAUGCUUGAUGACGAUGGAGAAAAGAAGAUUGAUCAAGAUGUUCUAAUUACCAACUCGUAUGAAACAGCAAUGAGAACAGCCCAGAACUUCCUCUCAGUCUUCCUCAAAAAAUGUGGAAGCAAGCAGGGAGAAGAAGAUUACAGACCGCUGUUUGAAAACUUUGUACAAGAUCUGCUCUCCACUGUCAACAAACCUGAGUGGCCAGCGGCAGAAUUGCUACUGAGCCUUUUGGGAAGAUUACUGGUUCACCAGUUCAGUAACAAGUCAACGGAGAUGGCUUUGCGAGUAGCUUCGCUUGAUUACCUGGGAACAGUAGCAGCACGGCUGAGGAAAGACGCUGUGUCCUGCAAAAUGGAUCGGGAGUCAAUCAACCGCAUUCUCAAACAGGUUUCAGGGAUUGAGGAUGAAGUGCAGCAACUGCAAAAAGCAUUGCUGGAUUACCUGGAUGAGAAUACCGAGACUGACCCCUCACUAAUGUUUGCUAGGAAAUUUUACAUUGCACAAUGGUUCCGUGACACUACAAUGGAGACAGAAAAAGCAAUGAAGUCACAGAAUCAGAAGGAUGAUGACUCCUCGGAUGGGACACAACAUGCCAGGGAGAUCGAGUCCACAGGAGAGAUUAUGCAAAGAGCAGAAAAGCGCAAGAAGUUCCUUCGCUCUGUCAUCAAAACUGCGCCAACACAAUUUAGCACCCUGAGAAUGAACUCUGCUAACGUGGACUAUGAGGAUGCCUGUCUGAUUGUCCGAUACUUGGCCUCUAUGAGGCCGUUUGCACAGAGCUUUGAUAUUUAUUUGACGCAGAUUCUACGUGUUCUAGGAGAGAGUGCGAUUGCUGUACGAACAAAGGCCAUGAAAUGUCUGUCGGAGGUAGUUGCAGUGGACCCCAGCAUUCUUGCAAGGUUGGACAUGCAACGAGGAGUCCAUGGACGCCUGAUGGACAAUUCCACUAGUGUGCGUGAAGCAGCUGUGGAGUUACUGGGUCGUUUUGUGCUGAGUCGACCUCAGCUUACGGAGCAGUAUUAUGACAUGUUGAUCGAAAGGAUACUGGACACUGGUAUCAGUGUAAGGAAGAGGGUGAUCAAGAUUUUGCGUGACAUCUGUAUUGAACAACCAACAUUCUCCAAAGUGACUGAGAUGUGUGUGAGAAUGAUUCGCAGGGUCAAUGAUGAAGAGGGUAUUAAGAAAUUAGUAAACGAAACAUUCCAGAAACUCUGGUUCACUCCCACGCCUUCUCAUGAUGCUGAAGGAAUGACUCGGAAAAUAUUAAAUGUAACAGAUGUGGUGAGUAAUUGCCUGACUUCUCUCCUUGUGUGAAGUCAUUUGUGUUUA